AUGGGGCAUAAUUUGGGAGCGAAGCACGAUGACGACUUCAAAGAGGAAACACCUGCGUGUCUGCCCUCGGUGGACGAUCCCAAGGGUAACUACAUUAUGUUCGCCAGUGCCACUGGUGGUGACAAGGAGAACAAUAACAAGUUCUCUGUGUGCUCUGUUAACUCCAUCGCCCGUCUAUUGCACCAAGUUCUCAAGAGUGAAUCCAACUGCUUUUUUACCUCCAAUGGUUCGUUUUGCGGGAAUCGGCUAACGGAGGAGGGUGAACAGUGCGACUGCGGUUUCACUCGUGAGGAUUGUGAUGACGUCUGCUGCUAUCCCAAGGACUCCAAGGAACCCUGCAAACUGAAGAAGUUCGCCAAUGUUGGCAACACCACCGUUAAGGUAGAUUUGCACUUCCCAUGUCCCGAUUACUUAACCAUCGUAACUGGGAUCUUGUGCAGGUUCGUUGUUCGCCAACCGCGGGUGAGUGCUGUACGUCGAAGUGCCAGUACCGAGACUCGAAGCACCUGUGUAGAAGUGCUGGUGAGUGCCACAAGGCUUCCUACUGCUCCGGCAGCAGUGCCCAGUGUCCGCCUCCUGUAA